AUGCAGGGGGUGACUUCUUCCCGGUGCAACGAAUCGCUCAGGCAUGUCUUCAGUGUCGACUGCGUUUACGGUGAAGAGAACCCUCGGCAGCGUCCUUUGGACUCUGAGCCACACGUCGAGCCCGACGCAUCUUCUCGGGAGGCCACCACAACUGUGUUGAGGAGACUGUCGAUGCUCGACAACAAGAUGGACAAUGUGACAGCACGACUAAGCACUAUUGAGAACCGCCUGACGCAACUUCUCGACCUCCACCUUGCAGGCAGCGUACAAGCGUCCCAUCCCAGAAACGGCACCGACGUGCCGAAUCUCGCCUCCAGUCAAGGUCAAAACAUGGUCGCGGAGCCGGAGGCACCUGUACAAGUGGAUGCUGGCAUGCCCGAAGACGUCGUCGCCGCAGCGGUGGAUGCCUACUUUUUCUACUGCCACAACCAACCCUACUCCUUUUUCCAUGAAGCGCACUUCCGCCGGCGCUUGUCAGAAAAGACCGUCCCUACACAUCUGCUGCUGACUAUAGUGGCCACAGCUGGCCGCUUCUGCUCACAUCCCUACUUCACAGGACGCGUGCAUGAAGCGUCCGUCGACUGUGCCAAUCGGGCCUGGAAGCUGAUCGUUUCGGAUUGCUUCACCGAGGGCACUGGGACCGAGAUAUCCGCAGUACAGACGGUAGCUCUAUUGGGUCUGUUUGAUUUCACUGCUGGUAGGUCGCGCCACGGUUCGGCAUGGGUCAAAGUAGGCAUGUCUGUAAGAAUGGCACAGGAUUGUGGACUCAUGUUGGAGAACGCAACUCAUCUUCCAUAUGUGGAGCAGGAAGAACGCCGACGCGUCUUCUGGUCUGUCUAUCUUCUGGACCGACUGGUAUCCUGCGGACGCGGUCGUCCGCCGGCCAUCGUCGAUGCGUCCUGCCACCUUCAGUUGCCAUGCGAAGAGGUGGUCUGGAAGAACGAGGUAUGGAGCAAGACGCAAUCUCUCGACGAGAUGACAAACCGCGCCUUGACAGUCCCUCAGAGUCAAGGCUCCUUCGCUCAUGUCAUCGCCAUGGCGCAGAUCCUGGGACGGAGUGCGCAAUACAUGCUCCAAGAGUUCAAUAUUCGCAGUCCUCACCCUCCCUGGGAUCGAAGCUCCGAUUUCGCUGCUCUCGAGUCUGAUCUCCUCCACUUUGAGGCAUCUCUGAGGAUCCAACAACCGUUGCAACAAGUUCUGGCUCCGUACAUCACGACCGACGGAGUCGUGGAUUACCACACCACGGGCCCGAUUAUCUUCUCUCGGGCAUUCUACCACCUCUGCUACUGCCUGCUCAAUCACCCUUUUCUGCUAAAGCGCAGGAUUGAUACGUGUCGCACGCUGGCCCCGACGAGUUUCCUGACACGAUCAUCUGACUUGGGUUGGUUGCAUGCGCAGCAUAUGCUAGCACUCAUACGAGACGCUCGAGAACUGGGGUGCUCCUUCCAUUCCUCUUCUAGCGGGUACUGCGCGACUGUUGCCGGUUCUAUCAUCGCUUUGAGAACCGGUGAUUCAGACUUGGCCGUGAGCCAGAGGGCUCAAGUUCUCCUUGAAGAGGCUUUAUCAUAUCUCGAUACUCUGGGUCGUCAUUGGAAUAAUGUCUCCUCGAUGGUGACAGUGCUUAGACGAAUGGUUUAUGAUGGUUUUCUGGGCGGAAGUCUGUGCAGUAGUGAGCUCCAAAGGGCCAACAUUACGCUGGCCGAAGAAGAGACCUUGUGGGCUGUCGUUGACUACAACACCAUGUCGAGCACAGUGAGCGAGGAAGCUCUGAAUAAUAAUCAAGACCUUAGUAGCAUAUGGCUCGACUCGUGGACGGACCUCUUUGGAGUGCCAGGCGAUCAAGUAGCUCCGUUGACUCCGAAUCCUUUGUAG